AAAAGGGAUUGAUGAUUGAGCUCAGUUAAUUCACAUCAAUACUUUUCAACUUCAUCAAAAAAAGAAGUAUGAUAUGGAGGCGUUUCAAUCAUUCAGACAACUUCAUUAGCCCUUCAUUCAUAUAAAGCAAGUUGUUCCUCCUCAACCUCAAAAGCUUCAUAUAAUUAACCAUGGAGACGUCUCAAUACAGGAGAAGAACUCAUAGCCUUCCUGGUUUAGUCAUAACCAAAAUAUUAUUCCUGUUUCUGAUAAUCCCUGGUGCAGCCUCAAUCCAUUUUAACUAUCAGCAGUUUCUUGAGAUGAGUUAUGAGGACUUGAAGUUUGAUGGAGAUGUUUAUCAACAAAAUGGGUUCCUCCAACUCACCAGAUAUAGAAAAGACAGUGCUGGGAGAGUGACAUAUAACAAAUUGUUACAACUUUGGGACAAGGAAACAGGAAAAAUUGCAGACUUCACAACCCAUUUCACUUUCAUCAUUGAUUCACCAGAUGAAAAUCAUCGUGGAGAUGGCAUCACAUUCUUCCUGGCACAUCCAAACUUUUCACUUCCUGUACCUCCAGAUGGCUCUGGGAUUGGUCUUGUGGGUCGAAAACAGGUAAUGGAUGAUCCAAAUUAUACACAAGAGCAUCCAUUUGUAGCAGUUGAGUUUGAUACCUUGCCCAAUGACGACGAUCCGCCUUAUGAUCAUGUCGGUGUCGACAUAAACAAAAUGUGGACACCUUACACAACAGAAUGGUUAAGUAUUAAAGAUGGCAGAAAGUAUGAUGCUGAGAUUACCUACAAUUCUAGCUCAUACCAGUUAAAUGUUUUCUUCACUGGAUAUAAGGAUGGCAUGGCAAUCCAGCAAGAUUAUUCCCAUGGAAUUAAUUUGAGAGAGAUUCUUCCAGAUCAGGUUCAGUUUGGCUUCUCUUCAGCCACGGGACUUCUUUGGGAGAUACAUACACUAUGCUCAUGGUCCUUUGAUUCGAGUCUGCUGGGAGGAAACUAGAGUGCAAGCAAGACAAAGUUAAUCAUUGGAUUAAGUAUAGUAAUUUGUGGGUUAUCGUUAUCAUGGUUUAUGAUAUUGAAGCUGAAGUGAAGAAGUAAGGAAGAUUCACUUUUGAAAGAAGCAUUGAACAAAAUAAAUCUUCCUUCAGUGAAAUAAAUCUUCCUGUAGAGAAACAAGUCUAUAAGUGAAUCAGUUUAUUUAAGUAACUCUGUCUUACUUGGAUAGGUAGCAGAAAUCUUUCACAGGAAUAUGUCAUCUUCCUAAAGUAAGAAACUUUAUGCUAUUAAUGUCUGUGCUUCUAUGGAAUCUAGUCAAAUCUUAUGAAGA